AUGAGUAAAGUAGGAUACAAUUUGUAUCAGUGCUCUGAGUGCCAGAAGAGUUUUACUUCUAAGUCCAAACUCAAUGCUCAUCUGAGGACUCACACAGGAGAGAAACCAUUUAAAUGUUCGAAAUGUGACAAGUGCUUCUCACAUAGUCAUAAUCUUACUCGGCACCAGAGGACUCACACGGGGGAGAAACCCUUUAAAUGUUCAGAAUGUGACAAGUGCUUCUCACUAAAGCAUAGUCUUGUUACACACCAGAAGAUUCACACUGGAGAGAAAUCGUUUAAAUGUUCUGAUCUUGUUACACACCAGAAGACUCACAAGGGAGAGAAACCAUUUAAAUGUUCAGAAUGUGACAAGUGCUUCUCUUAUAAGAUAAUUCUUGUUAUACACCAGAGAACCCACACUGGCGAGAAACCAUUUAAAUGUUCAGAAUGUGACAAGUGCUUCUCACUAAAACAUAGACUUGUUACACACCAGAAGACUCACAAGGGAGAGAAACCAUUUAAAUGUUCCGAAUGUGACAAGUGCUUCUUUCAUAAGAAAAGUCUUGUUUUACAUCAGAAGACUCACACUGGAGAGAAACCAUUUAGCUGUUCUGAUUGUGACAAGUGCUUCUUUCAUAAGAAUAGUCUUGUUACACACCAGAAGAUUCACACGGGAGAGAAACCAUUUAAAUGUUCCGAAUGUGACAAGUGCUUCUUUCAUAAGAAAAGGCUUGUUACACACCAAAAGAUUCACACGGGAGAGAAACCAUUUAAAUGUUCCGAAUGUGACAAGUGCUUCUCACUAAAGCAGAGUCUUAUUACACAUCAGAAGAUUCACACUGAGUGCUUCUUUCAUAAGAAAAGUCUUGUUUUACAUCAGAAGACUCACACUGGAGAGAAACCAUUUAGCUGUUCUGAUUGUGACAAGUGCUUCUUUCAUAAGAAAAGUCUUGUUACACACCAGAAGAUUCACACGGGAGAGAAACCAUUUAAAUGUUCUGAAUGUGACAAGUGCUUCUCACUAAAGCAGAGUCUUAUUACACAUCAGAAGAUUCACACUAUGUGCUUCUCACUAAAGCAAAAUCUUGUUACACACCAGAGAACCCACAGAGGAGAAAAACCAUUUAAAUGUUCCAAAUGUGACAAGUGCUUCUUUCAUAAGAAAAGUCUUGUUACACACCAGAUGAUUCACACGGGAGAGAAACCAUUUAGAUGUUCCGAAUGUGAAAAGUGCUUCUCACUAAACUAUAGUCUUGUUACACACCAGAAGACUCACACUGGAGAGAAACCAUUUAAAUGUUCCGAAUGUGACAAGUGCUUCUCAUACAAGCAAAAUCUUGUUACACACCAGAGAACCCACACAGGAGAAAAACCAUUUAGUUGUUCCGAAUGUGACAAGUGCUUCUUUUAUAAGAAAAGUCUUGUUUCACACCAGAUGACUCACACCGGAGAGAAACCAUUUAGAUGUUCCGAAUGUGACAAGUGCUUCUCUUACAAGCAAGGUCUUGUUACACACCAGAGAACCCACACAGGAGAAAAAUAA